GUCUAACUAAACAAAAGGCAGCAGCCAUAUAAUUAUCAGUGUAUAUAUUCGGUCUGUUGUUGCAUAACAUUGACUUCAAUUCCCUACAAUUUUAUAAUAAUAUAUAUAUAUCUACAAACACAUAUAUAUAGAGACAGCAAGAAGGAGUAGAUAAAAAGAGAUCAGAGCUGAGGGAGUUAAAAUGAAGAGGAAAAGGGUGGAGGAGAUGGAGAAGGAGAAGAAGGAGGGAUCAGAAAUGAGCUGUGCCAUAGAAGCGCUAUCCAUGGGGGUGCUCAAAUUCAAAGCUGAUGAUCAUAGCACUACUGCACAUAUUGCCACCAAGCCUUUUCUCUGCGUCUGCCGCAACUUGCUUCUUCAUGUUCUUGAUAAGAUAGGGUCAUCAAUGACUGUUUUGAGACAGGAUAUCCAUCAAAAUAUCCAGAUAUUAGAGAAGUUGCAUGACUCUGAUCCUUCGGUCUAUUCAAACAUGGUGGAAUUAUUGAAGAAAGAGGCAACCGAAGGAAUUGCUAAAAAGGGUUCCAGCUGUAGUAAAGCCUUUGUUUGGUUGACCAGAUCGCUUGACUUCUCUUUAGCUUUGUUACAACAACUGGUAGAGGAUUUUGAGAAGAAUAUGGAGAGAGCAGUGGAGGAGUCAUAUACCAUCACUCUCAAGCCUUGGCAUGGAUGGAUUUCUUCAGCUGCAUAUAAAGUAGCACUUAAACUAGUGCCAGACACUAGAAGUUUGAUCACUAUUCUCAUGGCCAGAGACAAAAACAGUGACAUCCUCAAGAAGGAAAUGCAAGCCUUGAUUUCAUUAUUGGAACCUGCAUUACAAGAAAUCCACAAUCUUCUGGAAAUAUACGGCUUGGAUAGGUUAAAAUCCAUCUGAAAGAAAGGAAUGAUUUAAGAAGCUGAAGUUGUACAUAGUUCCCAGUCAAUCAACUCUCUUUUUCAUUCAAAUGUAAA